ACGGGGAAAAAAGGAACAAAAUAAGGGGAAAAAAAGGGGGAAGAAAACGCAGAGGCUUCGGGGUGGGUGGCGAGAUGUCGGCUGGAUCGCAAGCUAGGGUUCCUCCCCUUCGUUUCUCUUCUCUCUGAUUGCUCCAGUCCUCUUCGAUUCUAGCGGUUGGGCCGAUCGGCAGAGAUGGGAAGAUUCCCAUGAUUCAGCUCGCCGUGGCGACCUGUGAUUUUGUUCUCCGUUGGGGAUCCGCAAUCUUUGAAUAAGGUUAGAGAUCUGCUAGGGUUUUGGAUAUAAUUUUGGUCGAAUUUAAGCUGAGGUUACAAAGAUUGGGCCGUCUUCCAGGUGGAUUCUAAUAAUUUUGAUUUCGUGAGGAGGGUUUUGCUUGAUUAGGUCGGUCCUUCUUGGAUCAAGAAAAUCUCUGCUGUACUUGCCAUCGGGGCAAAGGGAAAAACUUUGUAGCUUUGCCUUGUUUGCGAUCGAAUGGGAUCUCCGUCUCCGUUCCAAGUGGAAGACCAGACCGAUGAGGAUUUCUUUGACAAGCUUGUGGAUGAUGAUUUUGGUGUGGAGGGAUCUGUUCCUCAUCCCAAAGAAAUUGUUAGAGAUAUAUCUAACCUCAGCCUUGAUGAUGUUGGUACAUCGUUGGAGGAUCCUGGCAAUGCUGGAUUGGUUUCCGAAUCAAAUGGUCCGCCACAAAGUGGGACCUUACAGUCUUCUGAGUCUCCAAAGAAGGAUCUUUUGGUCUGUAAGGACAGUGCAUCUUCUAAUUCUCCUGUUGAUAUGGUAGUACCAUCAGAAAAUUCAUCUGGAAGCACUAUCGAUACCGGAGCACAAAGUCUAUCAAACUUUAACAAUGUUGGAUCUAAGGGAACAAGCGUAAAGGAGGUCCAAUGGAGUGCAUUCAGUGUCAGCUCACAGCAGCUAGACAAUGUUGGGUUGGAAACCUAUUCAGACUUCCUUGCUGAAAAUGCUGAUCCAUCUGCUGAUAAACUGAAAUCCAACUGUGACCCAAAUUCUGCUCCUGUGGACAAUCAAAUUGAAAAUAUUGACACAUAUACAAGUUCUUUGAGUGCCCAAGAUACACAACUUUUUGGUUCGGCUACCGAGCAGAACAUUGAUGGAGAUGCACAGUACUGGGAGAGUAUUUAUCCUGGUUGGAAGUAUGAUGCUGGCACUGGGCAGUGGUAUCAGCUGGAUGCUCAUGAUGCAACCACAAAUACUCAGUUUAAUAGCUAUGAUGCAUCUGCUGUGAAUUCACAGGGGAAUUUCAAGGACAAUGGCGAAGUUGCUGUUUUUGAUUCCAAUUCGGGGAGUUCAGAUGUCCUAUAUCUUCAGCAGGCUUCACAAUCCUACUUGGAAACCAUUGCAGAAGAGAGUACAUUACAUACUACUUCUAACUGGAGCCUUGGUUAUCAGGGGAGCACUGAAUACCCACCUAAUAUGGUCUUUGAUCCUCAAUAUCCAGGUUGGUACUACGACACAAAUACCCAACAGUGGUGUACUCUUGAGUCAUAUUCUCAGACUACACAGAUGACACCAACUAUAGUUCAGAAUGAGGUUGUUGCUUCAGCUGGCGUCUCAGAGGGGAACUACAAUGUAAGUGAUGAAUUUGGCCAACCUGAACAAAGCGCUGAUAGUGUCCUGGGAAGCCAAGAGUUUGGCGACGGUUGGAAUAAUCCAACAAGCAGCUAUGUUCAGCCGAACGUGCUGCAGGCUGAACAAGUUGGUGAAAAUAGACAGUCUGGAGGUUUAUCCAGAAAGCAGCAAAUAGGGAGCUUUUACAGUCCAACCAUGCAUGCUGGAAGUCAUACGGAUCAAAAUUUAGGCUUUGGAAAAUUUCAGCCUGUUGUGGAUCACAAUUUUGGCAGCAGUAACGGCAUCACGAGGCCUCACAAUGCUGUUCAUGGGGAAAGCUUGUACCAAAUGAAUAAUCAAAUGCAAGCCCCUAGCAUUCAUAAAAGUUUGUCCAACAGCUACCUAGGCAAUCAGAACUCAGUUGACUACUCUCAGCAUUCAUUUCAUGGCACAAAUGCUUCCUAUUCUCAGUUUUCUUAUGUUCCUCAUGAAGGAAGAUCAGCAGCUGGGCGUCCUGCACAUGCCUUGGUUGCUUUUGGAUUUGGUGGUAAGCUUAUAGUCAUGCCAAAUGCUAGCCCUUCUGGAACCAACUUGAACUAUGGAAAUCAGGAAACUGCUGGUGGCACAAUCUCAAUCCUUAGCUUAUCUGAAGUUGUGUUGAAUGAAGUUGAUUCUUCCAGCAGUGUUUCUGGUAGUGUCUUGGACUACUUCCAUUCCUUGUGUCAUCAGAAUUUUCCAGGUCCGCUUGCUGGUGGGAAUGCUGCUACUAAGGAUGCAAACAAAUGGAUAGAUGAGAGAAUCUCAAGCUAUGAGUCUCCUGUCACUGAGUUCCAGAAAGGGAAACUUCUGAAGUUGCUUUUUUCUUUGCUCAAAAUAUCACUGCAACAUUAUGGAAAACUUCGAUCUCCUUUUGGAUCUGACCCAUCACUAGAGGAUGUAAAUAGUCCAGAGAUGGCGGUUACUAAGCUUUUGGCAUCGUCUAAAAUGAGCAAUGCUCCUUUAGGAGAGUAUGGUAUAUAUUCUCAUUGUUUGACUAACAUUCCAUCAGAAGGACAACUUCAGGCAACUGCUACUAAGGUACAGAGCCUUCUUGUUUCUGGUAGAAGGAAAGAGGCCCUCCAAUGUGCAGAAGAAGGUCAUCUGUGGGGCCCUGCACUUGUUCUUGCUGCACAGCUUGGGGACAAGUUUUAUGUUGAUAUGGUGAAGAGGAUGGCACAACAUCAGUUUACAUUUGGAUCACCUCUACGAACACUGUGCCUUCUUAUUGCUGGGCAACCUGCAGAUAUAUUUUCUAUGAACAAUCUAGUUACUAGCUCAUCUGUAGCUUCACCUAGACAGCCUGCAGAGAUUCAAGCCAGUGGUAUGUUGGAUGAGUGGGAAGAAAAUUUGGCCAUCAUUACUGCAAACAGAACUAAGGAUGAUAAACUUGUAAUUCUUCAUCUUGGAGAUUGCCUAUGGAAAGAGAGAGGAGAGGUAACUGCUGCACACACAUGUUAUUUGAUUGCUGAAGAAAAUAUUGAGUUGUAUUCAGACAGUGCAAGACUCUGUCUUAUUGGUGCAGAUCACUGGAAAUAUCCCAGAACAUAUGUGACGCCUGACGCUAUUCAGAGAACAGAACUAUAUGAAUAUUCAAAGGUUCUUGGAAAUUCUCAGUUCAUCCUACAACCUUUCCAACCAUAUAAGCUGAUCUAUGCCUACAUGCUGGCUGAAGUUGGAAAGAUUUCAGAUUCACUGAAGUACUGUCAAGCAUCUUUAAAAUUGCUGAAGAACUCUGGUCGUACUUCUGAUGUUGAAAUGUGGAAGUCAAUGCUAUCAUCCCUAGAGGAGAGGCUGCGCACUCACCAGCAGGGUGGUUAUGGUACCAGCUUGGCUCCUGCAAAUCUUGUUGGAAAAUUGUUUACCACCUUCGAUAGGUCCAUUCAUCGCAUGAUUGGUGCACCGCCAGCACCUCUGCCGCCAUUGCCACAGGGAAGUGUAAAUGACAAAGAAACCUACUAUGUUGCCCCAAGAGUAGCAAAUAGUCAGUCGACCAUGGCCAUGUCCUCUUUAGUCCCGUCAGCAUCAGUGGAAACCAUGAGUGAGUGGAAGGGUGAUGAUGGUAAACAGACUAGGCACAACAGAAGCAUUUCAGAGCCUGAUUUUGGUCGAAGCCCAAAGCAGGAUUCAAGCUCAGAUGGUGCACAAAGCAAAAAGACUGCAUCUGGUGGGUCACGUUUUGGACGCAUUGGCUCACAACUUCUUCAGAAAACCAUGGGGUGGGUGUCAAGAUCCCAUCGCCAGAUUCCUGGUAAUGUGAAGGUAAAAUUGGGUCAAUCAAACAAAUUUUAUUAUGAUGAACAACUUAAGACAUGGGUGGAGGAAGGAGCUGAGCCUCCAGCUACCGAAGCUGCUCUACCACCACCUCCAACAGCAACAACAUUCCAGAAUGGUAUGCCUGAUUACAACAUCAGUAACACUUUCAAGAGUGUGACCAACAUCAAUGAUGCUUUCAAGCGGGAAAGCCUUACCGACAGGGAAGGGCCAGUGGCAAAACCCUUAGUUCCCUUGGAACAGAAAUCGACAAUUCCACCCACUCCACCCAGCCAAAACCAGUUUUCCGCUCGUGGUAGAAUGGGGGUUCGUUCAAGAUACGUGGAUACAUUCAACAAGGGCGGUGGUGCCUUGACAAACACUUUCCAGUCACCUGCAGUGCCAUCCAUGAAACCAUUGGUUGGUGCAAAGUUUUUUGUGCCCACAGCAGCUGCAGCUGUGGAUGAAGGGGAAACUGAUGCAGCAGGAGAAAGCAACCAGGAAGUCACCAAUGAUAACGAAGAACCAUCUAAAUCAGCAACAGCAGAAGCAUCGUUUUCCUCGCAGGGAUCGUCGUCAUCUUCAUCAUCGAUGCAACGGGUUCCAAGCAUGGAUAAUAUUACACCUCUUGGAAACAAAGGAUCUGCAGCAGCGGCAUCGUGGAGUGGUAACGGUCCCUUAUCCAGAAUGAGAGCAGCAUCUUGGAGUGGGACUUACACCAACCCACUCCAUCAAAACGUCACUGGGAUGAAUCCCACUAGUGUUGGGCAUGGUAUGACAACAUCCUCACCCAGCAACACCGCACACCCCGGUUCAGUCAGCAGCUUGUCUCUGCAGCAGAACGGUGGUUCCCUGGGGGACGACCUGCAUGAGGUUGAACUCUGAUGCAUCGCAGCAUCAAGCAUGGGUUGCAUCUGGUCUUCAACUCCCAACUCCAUCCUACAAAACCAAACGGAAUAGGAGAAGUGGAUUUGAAGAAACUUUACAGGAAAAAUCUAUGGUCUUGUGGGAAGCAUUGGCCCCAAAUGUUUUCCUUUGUAACUGUUGAGAUCAUGAGGUGCAUGAGGUCAUGUCAUGGUGUCCUUUUACAUGAAAGCAGGUGGGUGUUGAUGUGCAGAUAAUUUGUUGAUUUAUUGAACCCAUAUUGUUUUACAUACAAUAAACAUAUAAAAGAAAUUGUUGGUCUUGAAAACAAAGAGUUUUUGUCUCUCAUUUCUUUGUAGGAUUAAAGACAAUAAACCGCUAAAGCGGCAAUCAAGUUUUGAGCAGAA